AUGGCUAAAUCCGACCUUAAGGAACUUGUGACCAGAGAGUACACUAUAAAUCUCCACAAGAGAUUGCACGGUAUCCAAUUCAAGAGAAGAGCUCCAAGAGCCGUGAAGGAGAUUAAGAAGUUCGCUAAACUACACAUGGGUACUGAGGACGUGAGACUGGAUCCUAAGUUGAACGUCGAAUUGUGGAAGAGAGGUAUCCAGGGUGUUCCAUUCAGAAUGAGAAUCAGAAUUUCCAGAAAGAGAAACGAGGAGGAGGACGCUAAGAACACUAUGUUCUCUUACGUCGAGCCUGUCAACGUUCCAUCUGUCAAGGGCUUGAACACUGUUGUUGUUGAGGACGAGGAAUAG